AUGCUCGAUUUAUUCUCCGUGCCCGUGUUCGUCGUCGUCUUUCGGGAGACCCUCGAGACUGCUAUCAUCGUCUCGGUGCUGCUGGCCUUUCUGAAACAGACGCUUGAUGGAUCUCAGCGCGAUGCUGGUAUUUAUAAAACCUUGCGCACACAGGUCUGGCUGGGAACGGCCUUGGGUCUUGCGUUGUGUCUCAUCGGCUCCGGUGUAAUUAUCGGGAUAUUUUACAUUCUUGGUAACGAUACCUGGGCUGAUCAUGAGUAUUACUACGAAGGAGUGUUUUCGCUCAUUUCGGCUGUCAUCAUCACCAUCAUGGGCGGUGCGUUGUUGCGUGUGGGUAAGAUGGAGGAUAAGUGGAGGGCCAAAUUGGCAAAGGCCAUUGAGACACCAGUAACAGCGCAAGGAAAACGAGCGUGGUUGGUUAAUCUCUUUGAGAAGUAUGCCAUGUUCGUGUUGCCCUUCAUCACUGUUCUUCGUGAAGGUAUCGAGGGCAUCGUUUUUGUCGCUGGUGUCUCAUUUUCUGCACCCGCUUCUGCCGUCCCUCUCCCCGUCAUCAUGGGAUUGAUGCUGGGCGGCCUUGUUGGCUAUGCUCUCUACCGGGGCGGUUCAUCUGCGAAACUGCAAUAUUUCCUCGUCGCUUCGACAUGUCUUCUCUACCUCGUCGCAGCAGGUCUGUUCUCCCGCGCAAUCUGGCUCUUUGAGCAACAGCAGUGGAACAAGGUCGUCGGCGGUGAUGCCGCGGAACUCGGAGAUGGUCCUGGAUCAUACGAUAUCGACCGGAGUAUCUGGCACGUCAACUGCUGCAAUCCUCAGCUCAACGGCGGUGGAGGCUGGGCUAUUCUGAAUGCUGUUGUCGGAUGGAACAACUCCGCUACGUACGGAUCUGUGCUUGCCUAUAACCUGUACUGGGUUUUUGUGAUUGCGCAAUUUUCGCUCAUGUCGUUCAAGGAGGAUCACGGACAUUACCCAUUGCUCAAGGAGGAGGACACAAGGACUGAUUAA